AUGGGCGGCCUACUCGACAAGCCUUUGAAAGAGAAGCGGAUUGACACGGGAGGCGAUGAGCGGAUGGAAUGGGUAGCAGCAGAUAUGCAGGGCUGGAGACCAGAUAUGGAGGACGAGCACAUCGCAAGCUCUAACGUCGGAGAAGAGUUUGCAGGCUGUGGCGUUUACUGUGUUUUCGAUGGCCACGGUGGCAAGGCUGUCUCAAAGUUUUGCAAGCAGCAAUUCAUGCCUGAGCUCAUCCAGACCACGGCAAGCAUGGGGCGGUCCAAGUUCGGCAAGAACAAGAACAAGAAGCGCCAUUGCGGCGUCCAUCUGGAAGCGUCAGAUUUGGAAGAAAUCCUCAAGGCCUCGUUUCACAGAAUGGACGAUCAACUGCGCGAGCCAGCCAAUGCGAAGGUGCUGGCACGUUUUAUGGGCAAAGUUCCGACGGGCGCCAUCCAGGAGUUGGAGAAGAAGAUCGCUAACAUGCACCAGCGCUCUCAGACUCCCGCAUUGCAGUUGGAGCGGCCAGAAGUCGUUUCGCAACAGACAGGAAAACUGUUGGACGGAGAGCACAGUGAAAUGAAGGAGUCGUUCAUCAAGUUGCAGAAACUCAAGCAGGCAGAGAAGGGUGAUGAGUUUGUUCCGGAUACAGUGGGCUGCACGGCCGUGUGCGUCGUGGUUCGCAAGCAGGAUGUGAUAACAGCAAACGCCGGGGACAGCCGUGCAGUGAUGUGCCGGGCUGGGAAAGCACUGGAGCUUUCCUACGACCACAAGCCUGCAUCUGAGACCGAAAAGAGCCGGAUCGAGGCCGCAGGCGGCACCGUGGAGGACAGUCAAGGUGUUCCCCGCGUGAACGGAAAUUUGAAUCUCAGCCGUGCCAUUGGCGAUCUGGAGUACAAGAAGCGAACCGACCUGCCUCCGCAGGAGCAAGUGAUAUGCUCCACCCCGGAUGUGGUGGUUCGCGACUUGACGGCGGAAGAUGAGUUCAUCGUUCUGGCAUGCGACGGCAUUUGGGAUGUCAUGUCCAACCAGGACAUUUGCGACUUUGUGAGGCCAAGGCUCGAAAAAGGCUUGGAGCUAAAGGCCAUCGCAGAGGAGCUAUUGGAGCAUUGUUGUUCCGAGGACCCGAGCAAGACCCAGGGACUUGGCACGGACAACAUGACCGUGGUUAUUGUGAAGCUGAAGGAGUCUUCCUCAUGGAACCCUCCGGCUGCGUAG